CGUGUAGCGAAAAUUGUUCCGGAAAGGCCUUCAACUCAAAGCAGCGGUAUCCCAUUUAUGAACGAUUUCAUCACGUUAAUCGGUUAAUUUCCCUCCGAUAAUGCCGUAUGCGAACCAGCCGACGGUGAAAAUAACGGAAUUGACCGACGAGAAUGUCAAAUUCGUCAUUGAGAACACCGACCUGGCGGUCGCGAACUCCAUCCGCCGCGUGUUCAUGUCAGAAGUCGCCACCAUAGCGAUCGACUGGAUCCAGAUCGACGCCAACUCUUCGGUGCUGCACGACGAGUUCAUCGCGCACCGAGUCGGCCUCAUACCUCUCACGAGUGACGACAUCGUGGACAAAAUGCAGUAUUCCAGGGACUGCACCUGUGACGAUUUCUGCCCGGAGUGCUCUGUGGAGUUGACGCUGGACGUCCGGUGUACCGAGGACCAGACGCGCCACGUCACCUCGCGCGACCUUCUGUCCAACAACCCGAGAGUGAUCCCGGUGACGUCCAGGAGUCGGGACAGUGACCCCAACGACUACGUCGAACAAGACGACAUCAUACUGGUGAAGCUUCGUAAGGGCCAGGAGCUGCGGCUCAGGGCGUACGCCAAGAAGGGCUUCGGCAAGGAGCACGCCAAGUGGAACCCCACGGCGGGGGUGUCCUUCGAGUACGACCCGGACAACGCGCUGAGGCACACGGUCUUCCCGCGGCCCGAGGAGUGGCCAAAGAGCGAAUAUUCCGAGAUCGAGGAGGAUGAGGUCCAGGCUCCCUACGACCCCAACGGGAAGCCGGAAAGGUUCUAUUACAACGUGGAGUCGUGCGGCUCGCUGCGACCGGAGACCAUCGUCAUGUCGGCGCUGGCCGUCCUCAAGAAGAAGCUGAGCGACCUGCAGACGCAGCUGAGCCACGAGAUCCAGAGCGACGUGCUCACCAUCAACUGAGGGCCACGGAGCCGGACCCGAGCACCACUCGGGGUUGUUAGUAGUGAACUUUAUGCUUUUGUAAUGAUAUUCUUGCUACGGCCUAACUUUUUUUUUUAAUAAAUCUGUCCUGAGGAACUUUUAA